UCUUUAUAGUUCGUAUAUUAUGUUUUCAAAAUUUUUACUUCAUCAUUAUGCCAAUAAAAUCUCUAUUUCGUUCAUUUUCAUUUAUUGAAAUAUUCAUAUUAUGAGAUGGUAAUUCUUAACUUAUUUUUAAUCGGGCUCGGUGUUCCUCAACCGCAUGUUUACAUUGGUGAUCGGUGUUUUACUGUUUGAGUGUUUAUUUUCGAGAUGUCGACAGAAGAUCGCGUUUUAAACAAUAUAUAUAAACCAAGUCUAUCAAAUGUUCUAUCGCCAGUGACUUUGCAACAUAUGGCACGUGAAUGGUUGAAAGAAGACACACCAAAUUUUGAUUAUGGAGGUUUUGUUGUUGGUGAAAAGGAAGAGACAGCCUUGCUUCUGAUUAAAAGUCCAGGAGUUCUUGCUGGAAAACCUUUCUUUGAGGCAAUAUUCAAAGAAUUAGACUGUGUGGUUUCUUGGGAAUAUGACGAAGGUGAAUUCUUAGAACCAAUACAGUGUGUUGCAAAGGUGACAGGCAAGGUCCGCCAGUUAUUGUUAGGUGAGAGAGUGGCAUUGAAUUGUCUUUCUAGGGCUAGUGGUAUUGCUUCUCUUGCAAGACAGUUAGCAAAAAUCAAGGAGAGAGUUGGGUGGAAAGGUGAAAUUGCAGGUACACGUAAAACCACCCCAGGAUUUAGGCUUGUGGAAAAAUAUGCUUUGAUGGUUGGUUCAGUGAGUACCCAUCGACACGAUCUGUCCUCAAUGAUCAUGUUAAAAGACAAUCACAUUUGGACCUCAGGAAGUAUCACCCAGGCUGUUAAAGAUGCCAAAAUUGUUGGGGGUUUCUCACUGAAAGUGGAAGUAGAGUGUCGCAGCGUAGAUGAAGCAUUGGAGGCGGCAGAAGCAGGCAGUGACAUUAUUAUGCUGGAUAAUUUCUCCUCUGAGGCACUACCAGAUGCAGCCACAAAAAUAAAGACAAGUUAUCCUAAUGUUUUGAUUGAAGCCAGCGGUGGAAUCACGGAGUCCACUAUAGAUAAGUACCUUAUACCCGGAGUAGACGUCGUGUCGCUAAGUCGCUUGACCCAAGGAUACGAUGUUGUGGACUUUUCAUUGAAAAUUCAAAAAGCUGGGGUAGAUCCAAGGAAUUUACCAGUCAAGUGAAGAAAGAAACUGUGACUUAUGAUAGAAUAUAUAUGUACUUGUAUUUUUCUAUGAUCAAAGUUAAAACAGACUUCAAUAAAACAUCUGUUUUGUUUUGAUGCAUUUUGCUUAAUAUAAAGGGAGGGCAACUCUGAUGUUCAAUCAUCACUGUAUAAAAGGUUUUUGGUUUCAUGGUGGCCUUGUAUUUGGACAUAUGAAAUCUGCAUUAAUUUUGUUUAAAUUGUCUUUACUUCUGGGCAUGUGGUAAACUAAUGCAUGGAUAGGAAUGGAAAAAAUUGUGAAAUUCAUGACAGUUGGUUAGGGCUUCUUGGUGCUAGAAGGAGGCUAUACGUUGAUCUUAUGCUGAUUAUGCAAUAAAUCUUUAAAAUUG